GCUAAUAAUUUAGGUGAUGCGUGGAAUUCUUCAUUUAAAAUCACUUUUGCCUGUUUGUUAUUUUUUUCUUCUUUACUAUCAAUUAAGUACGCCGCUAACCUCGUCCCCCACGACAUUCUUACGGGAAGCCGUUCCCGUAAGAACAUCAUAGGCGCAAAAGAGCUCUAGGGACGAGGUUGAAAUGGUUUUGAAAACAUGCGGAGUGUGGCAUGCGACGUGUAGGAUUCAUCUUAAAUUCUUCUACCUGCACGGUACCGCAAGAGUUAGAUUUUGCUCAUAAUAAAAAAAGGUUUUGCUUAUUUCCCAACAGACUGAGAUUUUUCAAGUAAAAAUAAUUAUUUAUAAUGUUAUGGAACACCUGUGCACGUUUUUAAACAUUUGUUUCGCUUUGAAUACAAAUUUUUACUCGAUGUGUAGAAGGAAGACACACAACACACCUGCUUAUUACACAUAUUUUUUUGAACAUUCAAAUUUAUUAAUGGUUUUUCCAAACUUUUGACGAUAAAAACAGAAAGGCUCAAGCUGUACCAUUUUUUCAUAUUAUUACUUAGAGGUAUUUUAGGAUCGGCGAUGAAAAACUUACGAAACCCAUGGAAAAGUUAAUUACUGAAAAACGAAAAAUGAUUGUGGAUUUUCCAAAACAAAUUGCAAAAGAAUUCAAUGGCUUUGACGGUAACAACAACAAAGUAGAAGAGAAAGAGAUAAGAUUUCCAUUUAUUGAAAUCCCAUCUGUCCAUAUCAAAAAUGGUGUCUCUGAAAAUGUGACGAAUAAGUUGGCGAAGAAAUAUAAACGAAAAAGAAAAAAUUUGGAUCAACUUUUAUCUCAGGUGGAAGCAAAGAGAAGAAAAGAGCAGGAUUUGGAGUUACAAACGACAACAACGACGAUAACAGAUGAAACAACAGCAAAAAGUAACAGCCCAGUAUCAAUUUCUUGCCAUACUCUAACACAAAAAUCUCCAACUUUAUUAUCCAAACUAAAAUCAACCUCGACGUCUUCUUCCACUUCCAGCAAUUCCAAUUUUUCAAAUGAUAACUCAAAUCAAUCUGAUGAUGUCAACCAAAGUUUCAGUGGAGAUUUUGCCUUUAAAAACAACCCAGAUCUCCAAUCCACAGAUAUACCCACAACAUCUCAGGGUAACCAAAAUACUGGAGGAAAGAAACGCCGACAAAGACACGCAGAAAAAGCAAAUAAGAGGUCACAAAAUGCAACUAAACGAUAUUCAAGCCUAACAAGCUCUCAACUACAAAGACGAUUAGUCGCAAAUGCUAGAGAGCGUUCCAGGGUACAUGCAUUAAGUACUGCCUUCAAUUCCUUACGAUGCGCAAUUCCAAGUUAUUCUACCGAACAGAAAUUAUCAAAACUAACUAUUCUAAGAGUUGCUAUAAAUUACAUUAAUGCUCUGGAGCAGAUUUUGAUAGAAGAGCCUCCAGUUGAACGUACUGAUACAAAUUUUGCUAGAUAUGUGAAUGAGUGCAGCAAUGUGCUACAUACCGAAUAUGGAAGAUCAAAAACAAAACUGGCGCUGGAUUGAUCCUUUCUUUGUUGCCUGUACAAAAUUUACCUAUUUGUUCGUUACUGUUCCAUAAAAGUGUGAAAACAACAAAGCAAUAACUACAAGUUGAUUUUGCUUAUUUUCUUAUAAAUUAUAUUUUCCUAAAUACUGUACUGUUAAUAAAAAUAUAUUAUUUAUUUAAUUAUUUAUUUAUUUAA